GUAGUUUACCCAAUGUCUCCCACUAGCUAUCUUCUUCGUUUCUAGUGAAGGAACCGGCACUGAGCUGUUAUUAUCGUCUCCACAUUAUAUAUUUUGCUGUUCUCUCAUCUUAACAAAUGCGAGUCGUUUUAAAAAUAUUGCUGUAACGUUGCAAUGACCAAGUACUGCGAAGUCCAUGAAUAUUAUUCGACAAAGUAAUGUAUAAAUUAUACAAAAAUAUCUCCGGAUUCAUCGUAACCGGUUUUCGAAUAAAUGAAACAAGUUCAUAAGCUGUUUGGAAUACUUGCCAAAUGCGAUUUAUUAUUAUACGGACAAUUACUGCUGAAUGUCAUCAAACAAUAUAUUUGUUUUAAUAUAAUCUUACAAAAGCUUAUAUUAUCUUUAAUCGAAUGUCAUUAUUCCAAGGGUUCUUUUGAAUUAUGCAUCCUAAGAUAAACUUGGUUACACGGACGAAUCAAAAUAGUAUAAAAUACGUUUAUUAUUAGUAGCAGUAAUUUCUUCCCUUAGAAGUACACGUAGUGAUAAAAAAUCGUUCGGAUUGAGCCAAAACAUGGGUAAGAUAAACACGAACGAGAAAACAAAACUCCGUAAGCCCCGGCCCGAAAUCAAAUCGAAAAGUAAACUCAGAUCCAUAUUGAGUAAUGUGACUAUUGAACCUAUAUUCGCCUGUUACGUCAUGUCGUACGUGCUUAUAUCGUUGACCAUGUCAAACUUGAACAUGCAAAAAGCGUGCAAGGUCAAUUUGAAGUACAGCGACGAGAUAUGUGUCUCGUUAGUUGAAAAAAACACAACGGAAUACGCUGAAGAAGAGAUCAUCGUCCAGGAGCUGGUAGCCUCCAUGUUAAUAUGGCAAACGUGUGUGCAGAGCUUUUUCCCCUGUAUACUGAUGCUGUUCAUAGGUUCCUGGAGCGACAGACACGGGAAACGUGUAGUGUGCAUGCUUCUGCCGCUUUACGGUGAACUUUUGAGCAAUUUAGGACAAAUACUUUGCGUUUACUAUUUUUACGAAUUUUCAAUGGAAAUCGGAGGUAUCAUUCAAACCGUACCCGUAGCUCUGACCGGGGGACAGACACUGAUGACUAUGAUGGCGUGCAGCUUUAUCAGCGAAGUGUCCACGCCUGAAAAUCGAACUGCAAGGCUUUGCAUAAUGCACGCGAUGAUGACAGUGGCAAUGUCGAUUUCUACAUCGUUAUCGGGCAUUGUGUACAGCGAGCUUGGAUUCUACGGCGCAUACGGCGUAUCUAGCGGUUUGAUAGUGUUAGGAAUCUUGUACGGUUCGUUCUUCGUGAAAGACGUCAAUCCGAAAGUCAACGAGUUGGUCGACAGCCAAUCGUUUUGGUCAAAAGUCAAAGAUUUCUUCGACGUAAGACAGAUAUUUGGCGCACUGAAGGUGACAUUUCGAAAAAGGCCAAAUAACGAUAAGUCGAAGAUUAUUGUUAUCUUGAUUAUAUCUUUACUCGCGGCGGCUCCAAACAACGGUUCCUCAACAAUAACUUAUCUAUACACUCGCGUCAAAUUCAACUGGAAUGAAGUGAAAUACAGCGCUUUUGCCACAUAUUCUCUAAUACUCGAUACAAUAGGUCUCGUGUUUUGCGCUUUUGUUGUAAAUCGAAUUUUCAAAAUCGGAGACGAGCUGCUCGGUAUAAUAUCCUGUUUAAGCCAAAUCGUUUCCGGAUUGAUAUUCGCUACAGCUUCCACAGAAUUACUGUUUUAUAUAGGCGGCUUGCUUAAUUGUAUCAUAACCUGGGAAUCUACGGCUGACCGAUCACUGAUGACAAAGCUAGUAGAAAACAACGAGCUAAGCCAAGUAUCAGCUGUCUUUGCGAUAUCCGAAAUAGUCAUUAAUAUGGUAUCUGGAAUCUCGUACAGCGCAUGGUAUGAAGCCUCGUUGGAUGCAUACCCCGGGUCGUACUAUUACAUUGGAGUAGUGUUUAAAUUUUUUUCAGUCGUGUUAUUCAUAUGGCUGUAUAAAGAGAAAUUAUAUGGAAACCGAAGAAAAUUCACAAAAAACGUCAACUACGACGAUGAUCCUCAACCCGAAGACGAAUCCCCAGGAUGUUCAAAAUACGGCUCAUUUAAAAAAUCAUAAGAAUAUUAUACUUUAUUGUGUGCAGAUCGUAUAUAUAUUUUUUGACUGUUUUUAUACAUGUAUAUAUUAUAUAUAUAUUUAUAAAAUGUGAUACUUUAUAGUUUAUAUACUAUGAAAUUGUAAUAUAAAAUAUAUCAAUUUUUAAAAAACCUACAAGUACACUGCUCUACA